AUGGAGGAGGAUCAUUUGGUGACGGAGCAGAGGUCUGCUGGACCCGGUCCCGGAACGAACGCAGAUCCAGCGGCCACACAGAGGAAGCACGCUGCCAUUCUUGAGCGCCUCUCCCACCGCUCCUCCAAGCGUGCCGCCGCCACUGCCGCUGCCGCCGCUGCUCCCGCCUUCGAGUCUGUCAGUUCCUUCCUCGACCGGUUCUCCGAAUCCAGGCGCUCCGUAGAGGCCGACAUUGAGCGCUGCCUCCUCGAUCACGAGCAGAGAGGGGUAUCUACAGGCUCCGGCUCAAAAGAGUACCUCGAGGGCAUCUCCGCAGCUAUCUCCGAUCUCGAGAAGCUCGUCGCGGAGAACUCUUACUUUCUCCCGUCGUACGAAGUGCGGACGGCGCUGAAAGCUAUCUCCGACCUCAAGGAAUCCCUGGAGAAGGCGAGCGCGGCGCUGGCGCCGAGGAAGAGGUUCGCGUUCAGGAACAAGCCCUCAGAGAAGAAGAAUCCAAUCCAUUCGCAGGCGAGAAGAGUAGAGGAUGCGAGCGUUCCAGAUGUCUCCGAUUCGAUCGCGAGCGACAGAUUGCAAAUACAAGUCCGGGAUUCCCCGACAGAGUUCAGAAAUCGAGAAGGGUCUGUCAUAGUGAAGGAUUUCAGAGUCGCGGAGGAAGGAACGCGAGAGGGAGAAGGGGAUUUCUCCCUCUGUGAUCUUUCUUCUUGUCGAUUCUACAUCAGAGGGAAAUGCCGAGCUCUAUUCAUACACAGGCUCAAGAACUGCCAUGUUUUUGUUGGCCCUGUUCUGGGCUCCGUUCUCAUUGAAGAGGUGGAGGGCUGCGUCUUCAUGCUGGCCUCUCAUCAGAUCCGCAUCCACCAGGCCAGGGCGACGGAUUUCUACCUCCGGGUCCGCAGUCGGCCUAUCAUCGAGGACAGCAGUAGCGUCAGAUUUGCGCCCUACAUGUUGACCUAUGAAGGGCUUGAAGGAGAGCUCAAAGAUUCUGGUCUCGCGGAGGAGACUGGAAACUGGGCGAAUGUAGAUGAUUUCCGAUGGCUUCGGGCAAUCCAAUCCCCAAAUUGGUGUGUCCUGCCCGAGGAGGAGCGCCGGUGCCUGGUUGACAUCUCAGAGAUGGAAAACUCAGUCCAGUAG